AAAUCAAAGAUUUUGAAAGUUUACAAAAAAUAAAUAUAAUUUUUAAUAAUUAAACUUACCAAAUGUUUGUUGAUUUAAAAAAAAAGAUAUAUAUACCGAACUUUCCAAAAUGUUGACAUUAUAUAUGCAAAUAUACGACUUCAAGUCGAUAGUCGAUAUCAAUGUAAGAUAUAUGGGCAAAGUGACACACUAAAUCGUAAUAAUGUCGUCAUCUUCUGAUCUACACUUGUUCGAUAUAUAUCAACUCCUCAUGUCCCACGUUUCCCCAUAAAACCCCUAAAACCCUACAUAUUUCUAUCCGUCUUCCCAACGUUAACACCAAAUAAAGUAAUAAGCAAUGAAUUCUAUAUGGUUUCUUCUUCUUCUUCUCCUCCUCCCAAUCUCCAUAUAUGCAGACUGUUCUUGCGAAGAUUCAGGCAACGUAGACGACAACAACAAAAUCCAAUCUCUCAAAUUAAAAUUGGUUGCUAUCGCUUCAAUUCUAGUGGCCGGUGCUUUUGGCGUUUGUGUCCCUUUGUUAGGCAAGAAGUUUGAAUCAUUACGACCUGAAAGCACCGUGUUCUUGGGUGUCAAAUUCUUCGCCUCCGGUGUCAUCUUAGCCACCGGUUUUGUUCAUGUGUUAGCUGAUGCUAACGAGAGCUUGGAAAACCCUUGUUUGGGCGACAAGUCUUGGGGAGAUUUUCCGUUGGCUAAUUUUGUAGCGAUGGUGGCGGCUGUGGUGGUUAUGAUGGUGGAAACUGCUGCUACGAGUUUGUUUAAUAGACAUUCUAGUAAGAAUGGGGCGGAGGAGCAUAUCGGAGAUGAAGAGAAGCAGGAGGGUCACGUGCAUGUUCAUACACAUACAUCCGAUGGCCAUGCACAUGCCCAUAUUAAAGAUUCUAACUCGUCGGAAGGUUUGCUCCGCCACCGGAUUAUUUCACAGGUGUUGGAAAUGGGUAUUCUGAUACAUUCAGUAAUAAUUGGAAUAUCAUUAGGUGUGUCAGUCAGUCCCAAAACGAUAAAACCACUUAUUGUUGCCAUAAGUUUUCAUCAAAUGUUCGAAGGCAUGGGCCUUGGAAGUUGCAUCACUGAGGCAAAGUUCAAGAUUCGAACCAUAGCAACAAUGUCCAUAUUUUUUUCUGUCACAACUCCAAUUGGGAUUGCUCUCGGGUUCGGAAUCUCUAACACUUAUGACGAGAAUAGCCACACAGCUCUCAUUGUACAAGGUGUCCUCAAUGCGGCUUCUGCUGGCAUACUAAUCUAUAUGGCACUUGUUGACCUUCUUGCUAUGGAUUUUUUGAAAUUAAAAGUGCAAACAAGUCCAAAGCUGCAAAUCUUAGCAUUCAUGUCUCUUCUAUUUGGCUUAGGUUGCAUGUCUCUUUUGGCUAUAUGGGCAUGACUUUCAUCUUGAAGAUUUUAGUAUUAGGUUAGGUAGAUUAGAUUUUACAUAAAGAGGACCUACAAACUACAAAGCAUGAUUGAUAUGAAAAGGAAGAUGAUUCAUACACAAUAAUUUUUUUUGUUCUACAUAGCAAUGACAUGUUUUAUUUAUUUAUUUAUUUAUUUUUGUAUAUUGUACAACCAUUUUGAAAC